AUGGUAGUUUUAGUGUUCUGGCUGCUGGAACUGAUUUCUUACGAAGUAUGUCAGGCUCAUAUAGCAAAAUGCAGGCUCCAAGAUCCACACCGUCCACUUCACAUGUAUCAUCAGCCUGGAGAGUUCCUCAUUGGUGGCAUUGUUUCCCAUGGUGGCUUCUUCACCUCUCCAGCAACAUUCACUGAGGAACCCCCACCAGCACUGCCUGAAGAGCUUGUGGUGCUGCCUAAGGAUUACCAGCACAUUGUGGCCUUGGCAUUUGCAGUCAAGGAGAUCAACGAAGACCCUCACAUUUUACCCAAUAUCACCUUGGGCUUCCACUUAUAUGACAGCUAUGACAAUGCAAGGAGCACAUAUCUUGCCACACUGCUGCUUUUAUCCAUGGUGGAGAAAUUUGUCCCUAACUAUAUAUGUGAUGUUGAAAAUAAUCUGACUGGGGUCAUUGGUGGACUGGAUUCUGAAAUCUCCUUUUAUGUGGCAACUCUUUUGGAUAUCUAUAAGAUUCCGCAGCUCAUUUACGGCUCUGCUCCAGUGAUGAAUGAUAAAAGCCCAGGGCUUCCCUUCUACCAGAUGGCAGCCCCAGAAGCCCUUCAGUAUAAGGGAAUUCUCUCUUUGCUUCUGCAUUUCAGGUGGACGUGGAUUGGAGUCAUUGCUACGGACAAUGAAAAUGGAGAAAGAUUUGUGCAAACCAUUUCCCCAAUGUUUACCAAAAGUGGUGUCUGCAUUGCACUCCUACAAAGAAUCCCCGAUCUUAGUUUUAGUUCUGAAAUGUUUGACUUGCUACGACAGGGGGAAAUUAUAAACCGUAAAAUCUUUAGCAGCAAAGCUAAUGUCCAUCACUUUCUGAGAAGUAUCUCAUUUAACAAUACUGCCGGAGAUGUGGUCUUCAUCAACCAGAAUGGGGAGGUGGUGUCUAGCUUAGAUAUCGUCAAUUGGAUUAUAUUCCCCAACCAAAGUUUCCACAGAGUGAGUGUUGGGAGGAUAGAUCCACAGGCUCCACCAGACCAAUCAUUCAUCCUUGAUGAAGAUGCCAUAACAUGGCACAGUUGGUUUAAUCAGACUCAGCCGCUUUCUGUCUGUACUGAGAGAUGUCUUCCAGGAUCAAGCAAGAAAGUGAAGGAGGGACAGCCACCUUGCUGCUACGAUUGCAUCCCAUGUGCAGAGGGGAAGAUUGCAAACCAGGAUGAUAUGAAUGACUGUAGUAAAUGCCCAGAAAAAGACUAUCCAAGCAAGAACCGGGAUGCAUGUCUACCCAAGGAUAUAAGCUUCUUGUCAUAUGAAGAACCUUUGGGCAUCAGUUUAGCUUGUUUCUCUCUUUCCCUUUCCUUGAUCACAGCUUUGGUACUUGGUACAUUUAUAAAACACCACGACACACCCAUUGUCAUUGCAAACAACCGAAACCUCACCUACGCUCUCCUCAUCUCUCUCCUGCUCUGCUUCCUUUGUGCAUUGCUCUUCAUUGGCCGACCAGAGAAGGUGACCUGCCUCCUCCGACAAACAGCUUUUGGCAUCAUCUUCUCAACCGCUGUUUCUUGUGUCCUGGCAAAAACCUUCAUGGUGGUUUUGGCCUUCAUGGCUACAAAACCAGAAUCCAGGAUGAGAAAAUGGGUGGGGAAAGGACUAGGCCACUCCAUUCUCCUUUCCUGCUCCAUAGUUCAAGCAGGGAUAUGUACUGUGUGGCUGGCAACCUCUCCCCCAUACCCAGAUGUGGACAUGCACUCAGUGACAGAAGAAAUCAUACUAGAAUGUAAUGAGGGGUCUGUGACAAUGUUUUACUGUGUCCUCAUCUACAUGAGCUGCCUGGCAAUUGUAAGUUUUUCUGUGGCUUUCCUCGCCAGGAAGCUACCAGACAGUUUCAAUGAAGCCAAGUUUAUCACUUUCAGCAUGUUGGUCUUCUGCAGUGUUUGGCUGUCCUUUAUUCCUUCCUACCUGAGCACCAAAGGAAAAUAUAUGGUAGCUGUGGAGAUCUUCUCCAUCUUAGCCUCCGGUGGUGGGCUGCUGCUUUGCAUCUUUGCCCCCAAAUGUUAUAUAAUCCUUCUGAGGCCUGAGCUGAACAAUAGGGAACAGCUAAUAAGGAAGAAAAAAUAA